AUGCUGUCCCGGAAUGAAGGCGAGGGUUGCAGCUUAAAAGACCUAGACAUCGAACACUACACUGCAUUCGAGCGUUCUCUGCGACGUAUGUUGGGCACCGAUGUAGCAGAGCGAGCAUACUCAGAAGUCUUUGACGGUAUACCUUUGAGAGAUUCGUACCUGGAUCUCCAGUUCCCGCAAGAUGGGCAUCCUGCACUUAAACAUGUGAAUCUUUCGGAAGGUGUCAGGGAAAGAGUCUUUGACUUCCGAUCAAAGUUUGAUCUCUCAUCUCUCUGGUUUGAGACUUCCCUGCUUCAAGAAUUCAGUAAAGCAUCAGCCCAGUCUAAAGAAUUUCACUUGAGACUUCUUGAGCUUUUGGCUGUGAGCUGCCAUCAGAUCGCAGUUCAGAUCUUCCAGCUUGAUGACGUUGCCGAGAGACAUAAUAUCUACGAUAUCUGGAGACAUUCUCCGAGAGAUAUGACGAAAUGGGAUUCAUUCCGAGACCCAACGGCCUUUUCGCAUGGACCUUACAUUGCAGUUGCCCAAUAUCCGAAUGGGGCUGCAGAUAGUGUAGGAUACUGGGCUGAAGCCAGAAUAUUUGGUGGCGUCGUUGUGUUUGAUAGAGGCGAAGAUGGCACCGAGAGUCGUCAAAUAUACUUCCAUGGAUGUCGCCGAAAGGGACCACGAACGAUAUACCCUCCAAUAGACCAGCAAUUCGAACAAAUGAUUCACUUCCUUCUUGAUGAAAGUGAGAGUCAUGAUACAGCCUCGGCCCAUCCGUUUCCUAUUCUAGCGACAUCGCAGAACCGUUGGCGAUGGGAUCCUUGGGAGGCAAUGGCGCACUACAAUAUCUAUCGCGAUAGAUUUGAGCGGAAAAUCAGUUCCAGUAAAGGGAAGCCCUGUGUUCUCAACUCCAUUGACUGGCCCGAAUUCAAGGAUGAUUUAUACCUCAUCAAUGCGAUGCAUGAUCGGUUGGAGGGGAAGCCAGUGGAUGAAGACGAGAUCGCCACGGCUCAAGAGGGGCUGACCAAAAUCACUCCAUCAUCGCCGUUAUGGUCAAACGAAGCGCGGAGAUACCAAGGAAUAUAG